AUGAGGGACCGGCUGGCGGAGCUGCAGCGGCGAGCGGCGGCCGAGGGGGACCCGCACCACGACGACGGCUCCGUGCGCUCCCACAGCCCCGCGCCCGGCGGGGACGACGGCAGCCCCGUGGGCCGGGCGCUGCGGGAGGCGGCCGAGCUGUGGCGGGCGCUGGAGCGGCUGGAGCAGCUCUCGGAGAGCAUCGACAGGACGCAGCAGUCGGUGCUGUGCUGCACCUCGGAGGAGAGCAUCGCCCGCCACAAGAGCGGCCUCGGCGCAGCCCGGGCCGCCUUCGCCCGCCAGGCCGCGGCCCUGCAGCCCCGGCUGGGAGCGCUGCCGGCGGCCCCGGUCGGGGGCUCGGGGCGAGCGGGGCCCCGCGUCCGCCAGACCCAACUGUGGCUGCUGCUGCGCCGCUACGGCACCGUCCUCGCCCGCCACUACGCGCGGGAGAGCCGCUACCGGCACCGGCUGAAGGAGCAGAUCCAGAGGCAGGCGGAGCUGGCGGGCAUCACCCUGGGCGCUGAGGACGUGGAUGUGCUGGCCGACAGCCCCCAGGGGCCUCGCAUCGUCGGCCGCGACCUGGAGGAGCUGAAGGCCAAGCACCACCUGUGCGUGGCCCAGGCUCGGCAGCGGCAGCUGCUGGAGCUGGAGGCGCAGAUGCUGGAGCUCCGCGGGCUGUUCGUGCAGCUGGAGGAGCUGCUGGCCCAGCAGCACGGCGCUGCCGACAGCGUGGAGCUCCACGUCCUGCGCACCCGCGACUGUGCCGCACAGCCGGGCGGCGGCGUGAGGAGAGCCCGCAGGUACCAGCGGCCGUCGCGGCUCUCGGCCCUGCUGACCGCGGCUCUCGGCCUCUGCCCCUGCUGGCCCUGCCUGCCCUGA